CAUACUCUUCUCUGCUUUCUUUUUUUCUUACUGAUAAAUAUUUUCGAGUAAUCUUUGGUCAGACUAUAAUUUGUAAGGCAAAGAAGAAAGAAAAAAAAAAAAAAAGAUGAAGGUGAUAGCAGCAUACUUGUUGGCUGUGUUGGGAGGCAAUGCCAACCCUUCUGCUGAUGAUCUGAAGCACAUUCUUGGUUCUGUUGCAGCUGAAGCUGAUGAUGACAAGAUUAAGUUGCUUUUGUCCCAAGUCAAGAGAAAAGAUUUGACUGAGCUUAUUGCGGCUGGAAAAGAGAGAUUGGCGAUGGCAGCUGUGCCUUCUGGUGGUGCUGCUGUCCCCACUACUGCUGCAGCAGCUGAAGGUCCUGCUACUACUGCUAUUGCUGAUCCAGCAGUCGCUUCUGCUGCCGAGGCCAAGAAGGAGGAGAAAAUCGUCGAAGAAUCAGAUGACGACAUGUGCUUCAGUCUGUUUGAUUGAGGAAUUAGAAUUGAUCUUUAUUUGAAGACUAAAACCCAGACUUAGUUUUAAUUUCUCCGUAUCAGUUAGUAGGAUAGCAUCGACUUUGGUGAACAUAUAUACUGCAAUUACAUUGU